AUGAAGAGAACACUGCUGGACUUGGCCAUGUUGUUUUUGACCUGGCUGCUUCUCCUUGGGUCUACCUUCCAUCAAGGCCUGGGUUCCUGGAAGGUGAAUAACCCUGAAACUGUUCAGGGUGUCAGUGGCUCCUGUGUGGAAAUCCCCUGCACUUUUACCUUUCCUAAUAAUGUGAACACAAAUCAAGGCAUUAUUGCCAUCUGGUAUCGAGACUUUGCAGAUCCUGAAAGAAAGACGGUGGUAAGCCAUUCUGCAGACCCAGCACAGGUGGGGUCAAGGUACCAAGGCCGGGCUGUGUUUCGGGGCAACACUGAGCAGAAGACCUGUAAUCUACUGAUGCGGGAGCUCAGUCCCAAGGACAAUGGGGACUAUACCUUCCGAUUUGAGAUCAUCGGGGGAGACAAAUGGUCUGCCAAGAGGAGCACCACGAUUAAAGAUGAGCUUGUGUCUCUGUGUUCCAUUUCCACCCCAGAUGAACCCGGCAGCCCCACCAUUACCUCCCCUGCUCAUCUUCGGGAAGACACCCAAGUCACCUUCAAUUGUUCUACUCCCUACGUGUGUCCUGAAGACAAGAGCUCCCUUUCUUGGCAUGGUCAGGAUCCUGUGCGCUCCAACACUAGUGAGCUCCAAGUACUGAAACCCACUGGGGUCAUCUACCAACAAAGCCUCAGCCUUGCCUUAUCCUGGCACGACCAUGGCCGGCCGCUCAGUUGCCAGUUCUCUGGGGCAGGGAAGCAGAGCCAGAGGGAGAUCCGCCUCCAGGUGCAGUUUGCCCCCAAAGGAGUGAAGGUCUCUCUAAAGCCCUCCACGCAGAACAUCCACCUAGGGGAUUCCUUUACCCUCACCUGUCAAGUCAAUAACAGCUACCCUAAGCCCACCAUCUUCAGGUGGUUUAAAGAUGGCGCCCUCUAUAAUGCCGAUCAAGAAGUGCUCCAGGUGAGCAAGGCCACAUGGGAGGACCACGGGCGCUACUCCUGCGAGGCGGAGAAUCCCUUGGGCGCUGGAAAAGCCGACCCCAUCGCUGUCCCUAUCUUUGAUCCCCUGAUCCAAGUGCACCCUCCAGGAACCAUCCAGGAAGGGCAGGCGGUGUCUCUCACCUGCACCCUGCCUGGGGGGGACAGCCAGAACGCCUCCUACAGCUGGUUCAAGAACAACGUGUGGAUCGAGGACGUGGCCGUCCGGACCCUGGCGUACGCCCGAGUCAGCAGCGCCGACUCCGGCUUCUACUUCUGCACGGUGAAGAAUCCCAUGGGGGUCAAGUCUUCCCCACCCACUAACCUGGUGGUCACCUAUCCCCCGAGGGUCCCUGUGCUCACCUCCUUCCUGGAAACCCAGAGGGCCCAGAGAGCCAUCAUCCACUGCUCCGUGGACAGCGAGCCCCAAGCCAACCUGACCCUGUGGCACGGCGGCCGGCCGCUGGUCUCCUCGACCUCCCAGGACACUCCCGAUCAGCGCUUCAGCGUCACCAGCGGCCACAACUCCCUGCGUCUGAGCAUUCGGGGCCUGGAGGCCGACGAUGGCGGGGACUACACGUGUGAGGCCGUCAACGUCCUCGGGAAGGCCUCCUUCAGCCACAAGUUCAGGGCUGACACAGCCUGGGUUGAAAUCCAUCCAGCGUCCCAGGUGGUGGAGGGCCAGGAAGUGACGCUGAGCUGUGUGACCACCCGCGGGGACCGGCCCAAUGCCCUCUAUACCUGGUACCGGAAUGGCGAGAGGCUGAAGGAGGGGCCCCUUGGCCUCCUCACCUUUCCCAGGGUGCUCAGCGCCAACUCGGGCUCCUAUCACUGCCAGGCCCAGGACAGCCUGGGCAGCAGCCGGACCUCGCCUCCCGCCACCCUUACUGUUAUCUACCCCCCGCGACAGCCUUCGCUCACUGCCUUGGUGGCCCCGGAGGCCGGGAGGCUGGGCCUCCUCUCGUGCACGGUGGACAGUGACCCGGUGGCCGACCUGAGGCUGCUCCGAGGAGACCAGCUUGUGGCCGCCUCUCGGGACGAGGGCCGAGGGGGGCCGAGGCGUCCCCGGGUCCGGGCAACCUCCGGGCCCAAUUCCCUCCGCGUGGAGAUCCGCGACGUGGUGCUGGAGGACGAGGGGGAGUACACGUGCGAAGCCACCAACAUGCUGGGCAAUUCCACAGUCUCCACGGCGUUUGAGACCCAGAGUACCCGGCUCAUCAUCUUUCCAUCAGCUACCGUGAAGGAGGGAAGAGGGGUCAAUCUGACCUGUGUUGUGACCCGGGAGUCCAACAAUAGCACCACAAAUUUCACUUGGUACCGGAACGGGGCCCCGUGGGCCCAGGGAUCACAAGGAACUGUGGUCCUUCAGCCUGUGACUAGGACACAUGCCGCCCUGUACUCCUGCCAUGUCAGCACCCAAAUAGGGGAGAGACGCUCCCCUGCAGUGGCUCUACAAGUGCUGUACCCUCCAGAUUCCCCCCAUCUCUCUAUCUUCCUGGACACCAUUGGGGACCAAGGGGCCGUGUUCCAUUGCACUGUCAAUAGCAGCCCCCCUGCAUCAAUGACCCUGUUCCAUGGUGAGAAGUUGGUGGCAUCCAGCCUUGGCUCCAAGACUUUGGAAGGCAGGCAAUUCCAGGUAGAGGCUAGCCCUAACUCCCUCAGGAUGGAAAUCAAGGACCUGAGACUAGAGGAUGCUGGGAACUACCAAUGCCGGGCCACUAAUGCUCAUGGCUCAGCCAACACCACCAUUUUUUUUCAAGUUCAUAGUGCUUGGGUCCAGGUAUCGCCCUCCUUGGAGGUCAAGGAAGGGGAGGCGGUGUCCUUGAGCUGCAAAGUGACAGGUGGGGCUCCCGAUGGGACCACCUAUCACUGGUACCGCGACAGUCGGCACCUCCCAGAGUUCAUCGUUUCCACGCUCCACUUUCCUUCCAUCACCGCUGAGCAGGGGGGUGCCUACCACUGUCAGGCCCGGGCCCCAGGGGGGGCCACCAGUCUGGCCUCCCCCGUCAGCCUUCAUGUGUCCUACCCCCCACGACAGCCUACCCUCACCGCCUUGCGAGGAUUGGGGGCUGAGAGGCUGGGCCUCAUCCUGUGCCAAGUGGACAGUGAUCCCCAGGCCCAGCUGAGGCUGCUGAAGGGCGACCGGCUCCUGGCCUCCUCCCAAAGCAGCGUCGGAGUCGACUCUUCUCGAGUCACUCGGGCUUUCAAUGGCCUCCGGGUGGAGAUCCCAAAUGUGAAGCUUGAGGAUGAAGGCGAGUACACCUGCGAAGCCAGCAACAUCUUUGGGACUGCGUCAGCUUCUGUGGCCUUCAGUGCUGAAACCGUGGUGGUCCAGGUGCUGCCCUCUCUGACCGUUCGGGAAGGCCAGUCUGUGAACUUGACUUGUGUGGUCUCAACUGCCGUUGUUACCCAGCUCAACUACACGUGGUACCGGAAUGGGCAGUGGGUGGGUGGAGGCUCUGGCUCCUCCUCCAUCUUCCUCCCCAGUGUUUCCGCAGCUGAUGCCGCUUCUUACCGCUGUGCUGUGGAUACUGAUGAAGGAGGAACACGCCUCUCCUCCCCCAAGAGCCUCUCUGUUCUCUACCCACCUCGGGCGCUGCGUCUGACAUCUCUGCUGGAGAGCCAGGCAGGACAGCCAGCCGUGUUGCUGUGCACUGUGGACAGCCAGCCUCCGGCCACGCUGGCUUUGAGUUGGGCUGGUCAACUCCUGGCCUCGUCUUCCACCGGGCAAGCCAGAAUGGGGGCAUCCUCUACCCCCAAUACCCUUCGCCUUGAGCUCCAGGAGCUGAAGGCCCCUGGGAGUGGCCUCUAUUCCUGUUUUGCUAAGAACUCUCUGGGCCAGGCAAACACUUCCUUGGAGCUACACCUAGAAGUCACCAGAGUGUCCAUAGCUCCGUCCAAUGAGGUGCCUGAGGGGAUACCUGUCAGCCUGACGUGUGAGGACCCUGCUGCCAAGCCACCCACAGUCUAUACCUGGUAUCACAAUGGCCGUUGGCUCCAGGAGGGGCCCUCUCGUGUCCUCCAGCUCCCUGGCACUACCAGAGCCCAUGAUGCCGGUGCCUACUCCUGCACUGCUCGAGACGCCCGGAGUGUCCGAAGUUCCCAGCCUGCUGCUCUGCGACGUCUAUAUGCCCCUAGAGAUGCGUUCCUGACCUCUUUCUUGGAUACCCGGGCUGGUCGGCUGACUGUGUUGCAGUGUACCGUGGACAGUGAGCCUCCCGCAAAGCUGAGUCUGUCCCAUGAUGGCGAGCUGGUGGCUUCUGGUCAGAGUCCCCUUGGGUCACUGGUGGGGAGAAGCCGUGUCCACACUACCCAUAAUACCCUUCGUCUGGAGCUGUGGCACGUCAAUUUGGAGGAUGAGGGAGACUACCUCUGCUCUGCCCAGAAUGCUCUUGGCUCCAUCACUACCACCGGACAGUUACAGGGAGAAGGUCUUCGCAUCACAGUGGAGCCAGGCUUGGAGAUUCAUGAAGGAGAUUCCCUCAACAUGACCUGUCUGCUGACCAGCCAGGUCCGAGAAGAGAACACCACUUACACGUGGUUCCGGAAUUCCCGAUGGUUGCAGGAGGGUCCAGAGCCUACACUCAGGUUUUCCCAGGUGGCCAGUGAGCAGGCUGGGGUGUACCAAUGUCAUGCUAAAGGGGCCUUGGGGAGUGUCUCCUCAGCCCCCGUCAGCCUCAAAGUUUUAUAUGCACCACGGAAACCUGCUGUGACUUUUUUUCUAGAGCCAGAGACUGGUCUCUGGGGAAUCCUGCACUGUCAUGUGGAUAGUGAGCCCCGGUCUGAGCUGGCCCUUUAUCAUGGAAGCCAGUUUAUUGCUUCUACCCAUCCUGGAAGCCGUCAUCCUCCCCACUUUCAAGUAUCAACCUCCUACAAUACCCUGAGGGUGGACAUCCAGGAUAUGAGUUCCACAGAGCAGGGAGAUUAUGUAUGCUUGGCAUCCAAUGCUCUGGGUUCUGCUUCAUCUUCUGUGUACCUUGGAACAAGAGUUCUUGACCACUUGAACCAGUAUCAUCUGCUCUUUAUCAUCUUCAUGGUGCUGUUUUGCUGCCUAUUACUGCUCUUGGGUGUGGCGACCAUUCACAUCUGGAAAAGGAAAAACCUCUUCUAUAAGUUGAAUGCAGAUGAGAACCUAGUAGAGAUGGCUUCCCAGAAAGAGAAACUUCAGGUGAUCACACAACAACCAUGAGCAGUGGACUUUGCCCCGGUGGCUCCUAAAGAGUUUGUGAGUUCCCUGAUCCCACAAAUUUUCUUGGGAGCUGGAGAAAGUCACCACUUCCUCUUCUUUGGAGAAGACAGCCCCCUUCCAGAGGAUGUCAACCCAUGUUCCAGCUUGCCGCAAGACAUACAUUGACCUUGAUGGAGCUGUUCCAAGUCCCAAUUCCAUGUUCACACAUAAGGAAUAAGAAGACAACCUAGAACCAACCUGGAAAUCCCUUUAAAGUCUAUUGAACUGGCAGGGAAAUAAAAUACAAGUAAACAACAUG